CCCGACACGAGGCAAAAUUGGAACAGCCAUUCCGAUCGAGCCAGGCCAGAGGCAGACUUCAAACCAACAGCCACAGCCACAGCCUGAGCUACAGCCGCAGACGCUUGCGCUACAGACAGCAUGAGGCUCACGCUCGCUUGGCUCUGUGUCUGCCUGGCGAUUUAUUGCAGCGGUGGCUUUGCCAACAACGGCCAAGGCAAUGUGGUCUUAUCUUUGCCACCAUCGCUUAUCGCGGCAACGGAGGUGGUGGCCUUGAGACAGCUGCAACAGCCCCAGCAACAGCAGCGGGAGCAGCACCAGCAAAAUCUGCACGAGCAACCGCGCUGGAAAAAGGAUGCACGCGUCCUGUUUGACGGGGGCAUCGAUCCAUCGCUCGAUAUGCUGCACAGUAAGGAGUCCGCAUCCGCUGCUGGCAAACACAUUUUGCUCUACAACGACGAAGACCACAACGACAGCGACAUCGGGCGCAUGGAAGUAGAAGUAGAGCAGCAACCGCGGCCGACGGAUUUUAAUCGAAAAGCACUGAGCGAGGGUUAUGAUUUAGCGGCACGACAGCAAUCAGCGCCGCAGGAAAUUGCACCGCAGCAUAGCCUGGGACUUGGACUGCAGUAUGCCACGCCCGCGCUGCAGAAAUUCUGGGCCAGGCGCUGUCUGGCAAACAGCAAUUGUCCACGGGAGUACAAUCGCGCCUUGGUAGCAGUCAGAACUAGAGAGGCCGUCUCGCGUAUGCGACAGCAGCUGGAUAAAAUGGAGGAUCACUCGGGUCCCGUCAAUGAAAAUGUGCCCAAUGAGGCCUUAGACAUGGAUGACAGUGAAUACUUGGACGUGGAUAGCAGCGACUCCAAUGAAGAUAUUAACUUGCCGAACCAUAACAACGAGGUAUUCAUGCUGCUCACUGGGGAACAGGAUCUGGCCAAGUUUCUGCACUGGGCCAUGCAACUGCUCUACCCAGCGCAGCUUUCAACUGAGCAUCUGGGCGGCAGUGCCGCAGAAUUCUAUCAUCCGGGCAUGUUCCUAUGGAAGAAGUACAAUUUAUCGGGGCACUUGGAGCCACCGCUGAUUGUCGAUGAGCCACAUUAUGUGCUGGUGCGGCGCGAGAAGCAGAAUCAAAAGGAGAGUUACCAACUGGGCGAUGAUCUAAAGACAAAGGACGAUCCAUUUAUACCACCGCGAGGCCGUAAGCAUAGUGCACCCGACCUGGAGGAGCUGCUGAAUCGAUACGAGCCGUUUGUGCCGAAUCGCGGCAAGCGCGACCGAGUCAAAGAUCUGUUCAAGUAUGACGAUCUAUUUUAUCCGAAUCGCGGCAAAAAGCAUCGCGAUACUUUCAAGCUGGACGAUCCCUUCUUUCCACAUCGCGGCAAAAAACUAAAACUGCGAGAUCUUUACAACGUCGACGAUCCAUUCUUUCCGAACCGCGGCAAGCGGCAAUUGACAGCAAAGCAAAUUCAGUUGCCGGCGAGCGUAUUGGGAAGGCUUCAGAGAAAACUGCAGUUCGACAGUGACAACAGCAACGACAAAGACAACGGCAAAGGCGACAACUGGCCGCAAAGAAUGCCAACGCAUGAAAUUAAUGGUAACGAUCAAUCAGUCAAGACAUCAAUGUCAGCCGACGAUGCAACCCUAGUGCAACUACAACUACAACCACAGGCUGCUAAUAGAUUGCAGUCGACAAGAUCAAUGUCAGCCUAUUUACAACAGCAGCCGGACCGACCGCAGCCACUGCGCUUCAUUGUCAAUCCGGGCAUGCGCCAGCAGCCGCAGGUGAAAACAUCCUGGCCAGCUAGAAGCUAUCAGCGCUUGAGGCGAUCUGCGCACAAUGCCCACUAG